AAGAGAUUUCCAUCCCUUCACAUUUCUCAUUCCCUCCCUCGUUAUCCCGCAUUCGUCUAUGGCGGCUGCACUGGGCGCCGUGCUCCGGCGGCUGCAUACGGCGGCGGCGCAGCCCCCUCGCCUGACGAAAUUCGCGCUGCACCCGCCCAAAUUCGUUGAAAUCGAAUUCGCUGAUGGUAGCUCAUUUCACCUGUCAGCAGAAUUUCUCAGAGUAUACAGCCCAGCAGCUGAUAGCAAAAUCCGAUCAGUGGGCGGUGAAAAGGUUAUAUUUGGACGACGACAUGUUGGGAUAAUGUCAGCUGAAUCAGUAGGAAACUACGGAGUCCGGAUACUCUUUGAUGACUUGCACAAGACAGGGAUCUUCACAUGGGAUUACUUGCACCAUCUCGGUUCAAACAAAUUCAGUCUGAUGAGAAAUUACAUCAGAACUUUGAGAAAGCAUGGUCUUAGUCGCGAUCCCCAGAGAAGGAAAUGAUGGAGCAACAGUCUCUAGACAGCCUCGCUUCUUGGCGCAUGGAUCGAUCCAUCAGGCUUGCCUGCCAUGUAACAAAGAGAUGCUCAAUUGAAUAUUUGAGAUGUGAACGCAUAACACAAGGAUAUCCAUUAACUAGUGAUCAACAGUGACUGUGAUGGGAAAGACUGAAUAAAAGUACUAAAACGUUCAU